GAAGCCGCCGCAGAGGGAAAAAACCUUGGAGCCGGCCGCUGAGGAGGAGGAGGAGGGGGAGGGGGAAAUGGAGCCUGUCAAAAAGUUCCUGGAGGACCCCGAGGCGUGCGCUGCGGCGAACCCGGUGGCUGCAGCGCCGGCGGCGGGCGGCGGCGGGCGGCGGCGAGAAGAAGGAGGAGAGGAAGGCCGCGGCCGUGGAGGAGCAGGACGAGGACGUGGUCUUCGACCUUUUCGGCUGAGCGCACCGCGGCGGCGGCGAGCGCGCGGGCGGCCCUUCUGGAGGCAGGCGUCUUCUACAAAGUUGUCACCAGCGCGUGCGAUAAAAGCGGGCGUGGUAUGCAGGUGCUGCUGUUGCUCAGCGACCUGACGGGCUCGAUUUGGUAGCUGAGCGGCAGAUUCUUCUCAGAGCCCCAGGUGCAUCCCCUACAACGCCGCAGUCAGUGCGUGCGAGAAAUGCGGACAGUGGCAGGAGGCGCUGUCCCUGCUGCGUGGUCUCUGGGAGGUGCAGCUGGAGCCGGACGUCGUCAGCUACACCGCCGGGAUCAGCGCCUGUGGGGCUGGCACUCAGUGGCAGCUGGCUUUGUCGCUGCUCGCCGAGCUGCGGGAGGCGAAGUUGGAGCCCAAUAUCAUGAGCUGCAGUGCUGGAAUCUCCGCGUGCGCGCUGGACGGCCAGUGGCAGUUGGCGUUGUCGCUGCUGCGUGGAAUUAGAGAAGCGAGGCUCGAGGCGACCACAGUUUGUUACAAUGCUGCCCUCGGCGUUUGCAGGCAUGGUCCUUGGCAACAGGUGCUGUCGCUGUUGAGCGAGAUGCGAGCAUCGAGUUUGAAGCCAGGCACCAUAGCUUACAAUACUGCGGCCUUGGGGUGCAAUAUGAGUGAUCAGUGGCUGCGUGCGCUGUCGUUGCUCGGCGAGCUGCUCGAUGCGUCGAUGGAGCCGAGUCCAGUCACUUAUCGUACUGGGAUUGGAGCAUGCCAGAAGGGCGCGCGGUGGCAGCAGGCAUUGAUGCUGUUCCAUCAGUGCUUGCAGGACACGUUUGAAGUCAGUUCCGUCGACUACAAUAUCUUAAGCGGUGCAUGCGAAGAGAGUGGGCAGUGGCAACUGGCAUUAUGGCUGCUCGGCGAGAUGCGAAUGAAGGAGCUGGAGAUGGACAUCAUCAGCUGCGAUGUUGGGAUCAGUUCGUGCGAGAAGGGUGGCAAUCGCUGGCAAGCAUUAUCGUUCAUCAGCGAACUGGUGUCACGCGUGUCCUCACGGAUUUUUCAUUCGAUGUGAUGUCUGCUGCGGCUGCAUUGAAUAUUCCGGAUCGUUUUUUUUGUUGCUCUCUCUCUUUCUCUCUUUUUUCCCUUUCUUUCUCUAUAUGUGUCUUUAUAUGUUGAUCGAAGACGCCUA